AUGCUUAGGAGCUUGCCGAUCACUUUAUUAAUACUAUUGAAAUUUCCUUUUCUCUGCUAUGGUAGUACUGUAUUGUAUAAAGAUAGGGACCUUGAAGGUAAUGGCUUGAACCCUGAUGAUAAAAAUAUCACUCAAAAUUUUCAAACUCUAACAAAUGAUAUACACAAUAAAAAUGAAAUUAAAAAUACACAGAAAGACACCAAAGAAUCAAUAAAAAAUGAAAAUGAACAAGAAGAUGGACAAGAAGGACAAAAUUAUUCAUGUUAUUGUUACAUAGAUGAUGAUAAAGUAUACGGAGGGUGUCCAU